CGAUGAUGAGACAGCAACGGAUGCUGAGCCGACAAGCUCCUCUUCAAGAAAAGACAUCCUCUUUGGUGACAAGGAGCAACAAGAACUUCUACAAGAAGAGGGAGACGGACACACCUACGAUCAUGUUGAUGCCAAUGAUGGAGACAUCGACAACAAGUACAACUACAAGACGAAACCUGUAGAAGAAGAGACGCCAAGAAGACCUUCUGCAGGGCGCGCAGCUCGAGUGGCGUCAAGAAAGUCUCCAUCUCGAUUUCAAAAAUGGCUAGCCUCUCGAAAUCUAGAUUUUUGGUCAGCCAUGCUCAACGUUUUCUGCCAAGUUUUUUCUGUAUACUUGCUGUUCCGAGACGUAGCAACCUGCAUGCACCAGCGCGAAGCUUUCAUGUUGCCAAGAACUCCUGCUCAAAGUGGAGGAGGUGGACGUGGUGGACUCGAUGGUGGCUUUGAUGUGGAUCUAAUGACAAUGAGAGCAGGCGUUCAACACGAGCCGCUUAUUCUUGAGAAAAAAGUAAUUCAGUCACACAUUCCCAUCCGUGGAUUUGGAGAAUGCUUGGAACCCAAAGUCCCUUCCUUGUGCAUCCAUAUCUGUUGUGCCAU